UGUUGGUGUCUGAGAGAGUUCAUCAAGAGGGAAAGAAUGGCCACAUGGAAGGAGACUGUAGAAGAAGCAAAGAAGCAACUGUGGCUGGCAGGUCCAAUGGUGUUUGUGUGCGUGUUUCAGUACAGUUUGCAGAUGAUCUCUCUCAUGUUUGUUGGUCAUUUGGAUGAGUUUCUUCUAGCAGGUGCUUCUUUGGCUGCUUCAUUUGUAAAUGUAACUGGUUUCAGUAUCUUGAUAGGCAUGUCAAGUGCACUGGACACAUUUUGUGGUCAAUCAUAUGGCGCAAAGCAGUAUCAUAUGGUUGGCAUACACAUGCAGAGAGCCAUAGUGGUUACCAUGCUUGCUACUAUACCAAUGUCCAUCAUUUGGGCAUAUUUGAGGCCUAUUCUGGUUGUUCUGCAUCAAGAUAAAAGAAUAGCAGCACAUGCUCAACUAUAUGCCAGAUACUUGAUUCCAAGCCUUUCAGCCAAUGCUCUUCUUCGGUGCUUUGUUAAAUUCCUACAAACACAGAACAUUGUCCUUCCUAUGGUGCUAGCUUCUGGUUUCACUACCUUAACACAUGUCCUUCUCUCUUGGCUUUUCAUUCUUAAACUUAGACUUGGCAUCAAGGGAGCUGCCAUUGCAUUUUGCCUUUCAAAUUGGCUGAACACAAUGCUACUAGCACUUUACAUCAGGCUCUCCUCUUCCUGCAAAACCACUUGGACUGGCUUCUCAAGGAAAUCCUUGCAUAAUAUUCCUCAGUUUCUCAGGCUUGCCUUUCCCUCAACACUCAUGGUCUGCCUAGAGACCUGGACUUUUGAACUGAUGGUACUCCUAUCUGGUGCUCUUACUAAUCCAACAUUGCAAACUUCAGUACUUUAUAUGUGUUUUCAAACAUCUGGGCUCUUUUGGAUGAUACCCUUUGGAAUUGGUGCAGCUGCAAGUACAAGGAUCUCUAAUGAACUAGGUGCUGGCUGUCCAAAAUCUGCAUUUUUAGCUGUUAAAGUCACCUUAUCAAUGUCCUUCAUCUGUGGUGCCUUAGAAUUAACUCUCCUUAUGCUGACAAGGAACUUUUGGGGCCGAAUUUUUACCAAUAUACCUGAACUAGUCAGUUAUGUGGAGUCCAUGACACCAAUUCUUGCAAGCCUUGUCUUUGUAGAUUCAAUUCAAACAGCAUUCUCAGGUAUAGCCAGAGGAUGUGGCUGGCAGAAGCUUGGUGCAUUUGUCAAUCUUGGAUCCUAUUAUCUUGUUGGAGUUCCCUUUUCAAUCCUUUUAGCUUUUGUCCUCCACAUGAAGGGAGUGGGACUCUUGUUAGGGAUUGUACUUGCACUCAGCAUACAAGUGCUGUGUUUUCUUGCAGUCACCUUACACACCAAUUGGGAGAAAGAGGCAAAUAAGGCUGCUAUAAGAGUAAAAGGCAAAGGGGACCAAGCUGAUAUACAUUAGCUUUUAAGUCACUAAAAUGGAACUCAAAUGGUUGAUGAGAAAUUUUUCCAAAAUAAUGAGAGACAGG